UCAUGAUUGACGGAAACGCUGAAGACGUGGUGCUCCUUUCGGUUGUGUCGGCGAGUGCAACAUGGCCGGUGCGAAGUUUCAGUACGACGAGAGCGGCGGUACGUUCUUUUACUUCCUGCUGUCGUUUCUUGCGCUCGUGGUGAUCCCUUGCACGUACUACUUCUGGCCGAAGGAUGAGCGCGCCGCGGACUCGGAGAAGAAAGGGGGCCGCAGCUGCCGCUGCCCGCAGUGCGUGGACAAGAGCCGGCGUCUGCGCGUCAACCAGCCGUGGCGCCGCACCAAACAGAACAUCGUCCGCGUACUGCUCGUGCUUGGGUGGGUGGCCAUGGCCGCAACCGCGUACAAGGUGGCUCACCUAGAGCACGACUUCGUCAAGUGGGACCCGUACGAGAUCCUUGAGAUCGACCCGUCCUCGUCGGAGCGGGCCAUACGUAAGGCGUACCACAAGCUCAGCCUGGUCUACCAUCCGGACAAGGACACCGGCGACGAGCAGAAGUUCAUGAUGAUCGCCAAGGCGUACGCGGCGCUCACCGACGAAGAGGCACGCAAGAACUGGGAGACGUACGGCAACCCGGACGGGCCCGGGGCCACGUCUUUUGGAAUUGCUCUUCCCUCGUGGAUCGUCGAGAAGGAGAACUCGCUCUGGGUACUCGGUUUGUACGCGGCGGUCUUCAUGAUAGCGCUCCCAGUGGCGGUUGGUGUCUGGUGGUACCGCUCGGCCAAGUACGGGGAAGACCAGGUCCUUCUGGACACUUCGCACCUGUACCUGUAUUUCAUCAACAAGUGUCACCUACUCAUUCUGCGCCGUGUCAUCAUGGUUUUGGCAGCCUCCCUAGAAUUUGAGAAGAGUCACAACCCGGAGAUUGUGCUCCGCCCAACGGAUGACGUCGAGAUCCCCGCGCUCAUCAAAAUGUUGCCAAACUUUAACGAGAAGAACCGCGAGCGGCCGCUCUGCUACGAGUACAGCAUCAAGGCGCGCGCCCUGCUGUACGCGCACAUGCUUCGCAUACCUUUGAGCCCCGGUUUGGACGAGGACAGGUGUUACGUCCUCCGAAAGUGCCCUGCCCUGCUGGCCGAGUUUGUCCACUGCGCGUCGCAGCUCACCAUGCUCGGCCUGGCAGGUCGCAUUUCCAGAAUCCCCAGCCUGGAGACGCUCGAGUCGGCCAUGCGACUGAGCGCGUUGCUGGUGCAAGCACAGUGGGAGCACAGCCACCCGUUUCUACAAUUGCCGCACGUCACGGAGGAGCUGCUGAAACACCUGAGCGGCAAGCGCAGGUCCAUUCGCAGCCUACACCAAUUGUGCGCUCUUCCGGCGGCCGACAGGCGGACUCUUUUCCGAAACCUCAGCGACGCUCAGUACGAGGACAUCCUCACCUGCCUUGAGAACAUGCCUCUCAUUGUGCUCAGCGUGAGCACGGAAGUGUUGGACGACGAAGACGAAGGUGUCAUCACUGCAGAGUCAAUCGUCACAGUCACGGCAACGCUGACCAGAAGGCCCCUGCUGUCCAAUGCGAAAGAGGAAGCCGCCCAGCCGGAGGCGGAGGAGGCAUCUGGCACGGAAGAAGUGGACGCCGCGGCUGGGGAUCUCAAGGACAACUCGCCUCGGGUGCGGAGCACUGCAAACAACAAGCACAAGGGUUGGGACAAGUCUCGUAAGAAGAAAGGAGCAAAGGGUGGAAAGGGAAAGAAGAAGAAUGCCGCGCAGAACAAAGGCAAGAAGCAACAACAAGUGGCGGAAACUAAGGAAGAGGCACAUCCUCAGCCAGCACGAGACGAAGAACAGCACGACGCAGUCGACGUCGACGAGGACAGCGACUCCGAGGACAGUGAUGACGAAAGGCAUAGCGAGAAGCAGACAAGCCGACGAAACAGUGCGGCAAACCGGAACGCUUCAUCGGCAGCUGCAGAGGAGGACGACGACUGGCAGAGCAUCCAGCACAAGGUCUCCAAGAAGGACAAGAACCUCGAGAAGAAAUCCCGGCGGUCACACAGUGUCCACUGCCCACUGUUCCCCGAUGACAAACAGGAGUUCUGGUGGGUGUACCUGGUUGACAAGAAACAGAGGAGCCUGUCCACAGUGCCCUUCCUGGUAACAAACUUGGUGGAUACGGAGGAGGUGGUUCUUAAGUUCACAGCUCCAUCUCGGCCCGGCAUCUACCAUUACACACUACAUGUGCGCAGUGACUCGUACCGUGACCUGGACGUCAUGCAGAACCUACGGCUCGAUGUGAAGCCUGCGCAAAAGGUGCAAGAAUCGCACCCACAGUGGGACAUCUCAGAAGACGAGGAGGACAGGGCGGACGAAGAAGACAGUGCGGUCGAGGACUCUGACCUAGCAGCGAGUGAGGCUUCUGAUGACGACUGAGCUGCCGGUGUCCUCGAAUACUGUGUGUACUCGAUGCCUUAGGGCAAGUGCAGCUGCAACAGAUUUUGGCACUCGUUGCACUGUGAGAAACUAUGUUGGGCUCUCAGGACAAAGGCCUUUGGUACAAAGGCAAGCUUUGGCGUGGGUUCCUUGUUGUGAAUUUCUCUUAUAAAUGCGAAGUCCAGCGUCUGUUUUAAUUCGUGCAAGUAUUCUUCCCUGGUGGUGGCAUUACUUGCUUCUCUAGAUCAAUCUUAUUGGAAGAGCAAAAUUGCCGAGUGGUGGAAGUGAUUGUCAUUAAGCUUUGAUCUCUGCCCACUUGCACUGAAAUGGCUACAAAGAUUGCAUUUUACCACAAGUCACACUAAAGGGGAUUUUCAUCAAUGAAUCGUUGGCAUUAUUUUUCUAUUAAAAGUGGUCUUUCGAAGUGUC